UCAAUUCAUUUCUGGGUAGUGCGUGCAGUGCGGUGUGUGUCACAUUGAUGAAUCGACGAAGAAAGAAAAUGAAUUCGACGUAGUUUUGCGCUAAAUUGCGAUCAUCCCGGUUAUCCAUAAAAUCGUCCCGCAGCCCCGACCACGCCUAAAAUCCCGAAAAAGUCGACGGGAAUCGGGUUCAAAUACCGUUCUAAGGUUACGUCAAAAAAAAACGGGCAAGUCGCUCGGAUGGUAGUGGUAACAUGGCGGCCUGAAAGACGUAUUUUGUUAAUGUCUUUUGUUGUGUAAAUUCCGGAUUUUUUAAUCGAAAUGGAGCUCAGGGUGGGCAACAAGUACAGAUUGGGGAGGAAAAUAGGAUCCGGGUCCUUUGGGGACAUUUACUUAGGAACUAAUAUAUCAACAGGGGAAGAGGUAGCAAUUAAGUUAGAAUGUAUCAAAACAAGGCAUCCUCAAUUACACAUAGAAUCAAAAUUUUACCGGAUGAUGCAAGGGGGAGUGGGAAUUCCACAAAUGAAAUGGUGCGGCUCAGAAGGUGAUUAUAAUGUAAUGGUGAUGGAGCUCCUAGGACCGUCUUUGGAAGAUCUAUUCAAUUUCUGUUCAAGAAGGUUCUCCCUUAAGACGGUGUUACUUUUGGCCGACCAGCUGAUCUCACGUACUGAUUUUAUCCAUUCGCGAAAUUUUAUACAUAGAGAUAUUAAGCCUGACAAUUUCCUAAUGGGUCUAGGAAAGAAGGGCAACUUAGUUUAUAUUAUAGAUUUUGGAUUAGCUAAGAAAUAUAGGGACGGACGCACCCACCAGCACAUACCAUAUAAGGAAAAUAAAAAUUUGACAGGUACGGCGAGGUACGCGAGCAUAAACACCCAUUUAGGCAUCGAACAGUCCAGGAGAGACGAUCUCGAAUCGCUCGGCUACGUCCUUAUGUAUUUUAAUAGAGGUUCUUUACCAUGGCAGGGCUUGAAGGCCGCCACCAAACGCCAAAAGUACGAAAGGAUUUCCGAAAAGAAGAUCUCUACGCCUAUUGAGGAAUUGUGCAAGGGUUAUCCAGCCGAGUUUCCCACAUAUUUAACCUACUGCAAGCAACUGAGGUUUGAAGAACGUCCUGAUUACAGUUACCUUAGGCAAUUAUUUAGAACUCUGUUCCAUAGACAAGGGUUCACUUACGAUUACGUGUUUGAUUGGAAUCUGCUCAAAUUCGGUGGUUCGCGGGGCAGCCACUGCGAGGAAAACGCAGGCGGACGGUCGGGAACGGCCGCCGCGGCCGCAGCGCGCUACGGUUCAAUGGCGCACGCUACCGGAGCCGCGGGGGCCGGAGAUUCCGUUCCGGCGCAGCAGCAACAACAGCAACGAGGUCGUAGGGCGCACGACGGACCCGCGCCCCAUCCUCUAGAGGACGUCAUAACUAGCAAUACUUCUCGGCUAUUCGAUAGUCACGAGAGGAGGGUGUCGAUGAGGUUAAGACAAGCGGCCCCGAACGCCUCCACUUCCGACUUGAGCACCUCCAAGCAGGCCAACGCCAGCGAAGUGGCGAUGGCGCCACCAUCGAGCGCGCUCCUGGCCAACGCGGGCGGCGCCGUCCAACAGCAGCAACAAGGGGCGGGCGGCGGGGGCGGCGCUCCGAGAAGGGGCAGCUCGAGCAAGGAUCCGCCCGCGUGGCGCAUGAAGAAAUGAGAACGCCGCCCCGACGGCGGCGGCAGUCCGGACGGCAACGGCGGACGGCCACGACAACAGUGGCGCGCCGCCUUCGUUUGAACGAUUUAGAGUAAUUGCUUUUCUUCGGACUGAUUGAUUAUAUUGGGGGACUUUUAAAAAGUGCUAGAGUGGACUGUUGUAUAGUUUUCGAGGAACGGUUUAUAAUUAUUUUAUUUUUUGAUCAAUUGUGUGCGGAGGAGUGGAGUGGAUUUGUAGUCAUUUAUUUACCCCAGAGAUUUUGUCGAUUCUGUAUUACCAUUGACACACACUGUUAAACACCGGGUGGCAUAUCUGUAUACAGCUAAAGCGUCCGCUAUAAAAUGUAGACGGAACAAAAUUUAUAUAUAUCAGACGAGUCGGCUUUACGCAUCUGACUAGACAUUCUACUACAUAAUAAAUUUUUUGUUCGAAUGAAUUUUGAAUGUUUGCAAUGGUGUACAAUUUUAAGAAUAAUAAAAGAAUAAGAUACAUUUUAUCUUUAAAUUUGUAUUCGGCCGAAGCGUCUUUUACUUACAAGCGCAUUUCGGACAUUACCGAAGUUUUGGGAAGGGAUAACGGGUAUCCUGUUUACAAAUAUGCCACUGGGCGACCCAAGAUAUAGGCAACACUGGAUUACUUCAGUUUUUUAGCGAAACAAAUGAAUGUAGGUAUGUUAUGUAAAUGCUAAUUUUGUUUACAUAUUUAGGUAGUUUUUAGUACUUCCGGAUACCCUGUAUUUUUUUACAUAUUUCGAUAGAAAAUGGUGUUCUCAAAACUACACUACCCCACAUGUCACUUUGACGCAUAACGUCAAGAAAAAUGUUUUUUUUUUCGAUAGUGAAAUAAAGUGCCAUGAAUAAAUGUAGAACUGUCAUUAAAUAAACUAUGGAAAUACAAACUUGAUCGUGUUACGUUAAUUAGAAUCGUUUUAAAAAUAGACUUAAAAUUUUUUACAUAUUAAUUAUCAUUAAGAACAAAUUUUAGUAGAUAUGUGUUUUAGAUACUACUAUUUAUCUGACGAAUUUGGUCAAAACAGGCCGUAAAAAUGUAAAUUUGUUUAUACGACUUUCUGGUUCGUUAAUUAUUAGCGCAUUAUAGAAAAAUAAAAUGCCUAUGCGCAAAAGUAAAAACAAGUUUAUUUAAAAAAAAUCGCUAUAAAAACUAACAUUGUUUUAUAAGUUGUUACAACAAUAAUCGACACCAACAUUUCUGUUUCCAUCGCUUUGGCAAAAUCUUCUUUCUCAUUGCUUGCAAACUAAUCUUCGUCUUCUAUAUUGAUGUUUUCACUUUCAUUUAGACUAACAGGAAGAUUUUUAUAAAAAUCGUGGUUAUCUGGUAGGGGAUAGGACAGUUUUUUUUAAAAGCAAAAAUCUUUUAAAAUCUAUAUGCAUUUAACAAAUUUUAUUUUUAUAAAAUGAAACUACAUGUUAAUUAAGAACUAGGCAAAUUUUUUAAAAGAAAUAGAAGUUUCUGCAUACCUCUCUCGAUAUACAAUGCAACUAUCAUCUUCAGUGGCAGUGAUCGAAUUAUUCCCGAUUAUACAGGGUUAUCCAUUUUAUGCUUGGGAAAGUAAAGUUAAAUAAAACACACAAGAUAUUCACAUGGAGACGAAAUUUUUAAUUUGUUUUAAAGAUUGAAUCAUUCCAUUAUAUGUGAAACACAAUAUCAUUUAAAUGUCCACCGCGGGACGUCUGACAAACUUCAAUCCUUUAAAGAAAAUUUUCAAUCACUUUUCGGCACAUUUCAGGUGUUAUCUCGGCUAGAACUUCACGAAUGUUGGCUUUAAGUUGUUGAAGAGUUUGAGGGUUAUUGGCGUAGGCACGAUCUUUCACAUAGCCCCACAAAAAAAAAUCCAAAGGUGUGAGAUCACAGGAUCUUGGGGGCCAAUAGAUAUCACCUAAUCUUGAAAUUAAACGUCCUGGAAAUUUCUCUUGCAAAAGAGCUCGGUUGGCCUGUGUUGUGUGACUUGUGACCCUGUCCUGUUGGAACCACAUGUCUUCCAGAUCUUCUUCUUCUUCUUCGAUUUCUCUCCAAAAAUAAUUGGUCAACAUGCUUUCAUACCACUCAGAGUUUACUGUUAAGCCUCUCCCACGAUUGUUUUCAAAAAAAUACCGACCAAUGACACCACCAGACCAUAAUGCACACCAAACAGUCACUUUUUCGGGAUGCAAAGGCUUUUCUACGAUCACCUGAGGAUUUUCAGAACCCCAUAUGCGGCAAUUCUGCUUAUUUACGUAGCCACACAGCGUAAAAUGAGCCUCAUCACUGAAGAAAAUAUGCAGUGCUGAAAUAAUCAGCAGCUUGUUGUUCAAGCACCCAAUUUGCGAAUGUUCUGCGUUGUCCAUGGUCUGUAGGCUUAAGUUCUUGAAUGAGUUGGACUUUGUACGGAUGGAGCUGUAAAUCCAAAUGCAAAACUCGCCACAGUGAGCCGUAAGACAAACCCAAAUUUUGAGCACGCCGAGGAAUUGACAAAUUUGGGUCUUCCUCCACACUUUGAGCCACAGCAGCGAUAUUUUCAGCUGAACGAACGUUACGGCGAUGCACGUGCCUUACAAUAUCAGUAACCGAUCCAGUCUCUUCAAAUUUACUUACUGUGUUCGAAAUUGUUUGCUCUGUAGGACGAUUAUGUCGACCAUAAUCAGCUCGUAAAGCUCUAAACGUUGACACAGGAGAAUAACCAUUUUUAUAGAACAAUUUAAUAAUUUUAAUACGUUGUUCGACUGUUAAACGAUCCAUAUUUAUAAAUGGCAAACCUUCAAUUAAAAAAAAACGCUUCACAUGACGUUUAUUUCUGACAUGUGUCAAACGGCAGGGUUGUACUUAGCCAACCUCGAAUUGGAUAACCACUUUUAAUAUGCGGCUUCCAAGCGCUUUGGUUAUUAUUAUAUUCAAUAGUUAGAGCCCCUUUGGCAGACUUUAAAAAAAUGUGUGGUCCACGAUGUCUCUUAACCUUUCUCUUAUGACUCAAGUCGAUUACUUUUUUUUACCUCGGACGAUAAAAGCUGAUUUAGUUUUCCACUUCGUUACAAGUGUUGAUAUCGAUUGCUCAUCUUCCGAAUCAUUGAAGCCACCAAUAUAGAAGCUGAUUGUUUUGACGUUGAAGGAGUUAGAUUAUGAUAGAGAGAUCUCUGUUUGCACUUCAUGUUUUACCCUGAUCACCGACUUUGGUUUGAGGCGUUGUCGGUAAUUUAUUUACUUGUUCCUAAGUGUCAUUUGCUGUCUGCAUUGGCAGCACGUAGUUUAAGAGGGAAUAAAUUCUCAAUCUUAAAAAACAUCUUUAUUAAACGGCCAAAUACCACAUGAUGCUCUCUUAGACGCUUCUAAGAUACAAAUCGUACUGACUCAUGAAUAAUGAUUCAAACAAUGAUAAGAAACGUCUAAUGGGUGCAUCUUAUGUGUAGAGUGCGGUGGUAGGCAUAAUAAAGCCACCGUUCUUUUGACAGAAAUUGAACGUUCAAACUUUUUGUAUGCGAACAAUGUCCAUAUAAAAUCACAAGAAUCGGGCGCUCCUUCGAUGGUCGGGUUUGUUCUACAAAAUAUUUUAUAAACUGCAAAAAUACGUGACGGUUCAUCCAUCCUUUCUCCUGUGGCUACCGUUAGGCGCAUUAUCGCAUCAGCUCCGGUUUUAAAAGCUGGUGCAAGAAAAUAGCCACUUGCAGCCACAGAAGCAACUAUACUUACAUUAACUUCUCUCUCAGAGCAAGAUAAUUUUUGGACGUUGGUUACACCGGUCUCAUCAAUGUUCCACAUUCUGUCUGGGGUGAGUUAAUCUUUUUAUAGAUUUUGUCAAGAUUAUUAAAAAUUUGAUCUGCAGUCUGGUUAAACCCAUUGGCUCUGACAACUGACGAAAUUCUUUAUAGCUUAUUCCGAAAAAUCGCUUUUCCAUUUCAAUAGUAUAUUCCAUAACUUCGUUUUCUUGCUCAUCAGUAAAAACCUUUCUAAACCUCCCAAGAUAUUUUUCGUUUGUCUUCACAAUUUUACCAAUCCGAACAAACCUGUCCUGGCCCACGCUAUAAGCGCACUAGCGGCGUGUCAUUAAUAUGUAGUGCACGGGAUCGAGAACUUUUAAUGCUCCAGUGGUUAAUUAUGUCGCUACCUGGUAUAAACAGCUUCUAAAAUAAUCACUGUCCCGUCUUGGGCUAGUCUCCCCUAUUCAAAUACAUUAUUUUGCAGACAUGCUCAUUAUCUGAUCUCAAUGGAAUUGUGUAUUGAAGAACGUUCUGUUUUUGAGGAAAGAGCUGCUUUUUUCUUACUGUUUUGUUUAUAAAGUCGUAUUUUCCUAAACUCUUAGAAAUUUGAACAAAUAGUAUUUCUAGCCAAGUCAUUAUGCUGUCGUUGUGUUUUAAAAUGCAGCUGCACCUUUCCUUUAGACUUUUUUCAGCUUGACGUCGACGUAUACUUUUCACCAAGUGACGUUUGGUUUUUCGAAUCGUCUUUUUCCAAAUACUAAGAUUUUUUGUGUUUUUCAUUUAGUUCAUCAUUGUUUUUCUCUUAUUCACUUUCAUCAUAUUCAUUUUCUUCAGUGUGCACACCAUCAGAUUAAAAGUCUGUAUUAUUCAUGGGAUCAUCUUGAUCUUCUGCUACUUCAAUCUGUACAUCAUCAAGUUGAGCGUUUAGAUCGUCUAUAGGGUUUUCUAAACCCUCUGCAGAUUCGAUAUCCAAAAAUUCAAAAUAGUCACUUUUCUUCAAGUAAUUUGACCGGACUGUAGCUUUGAGGAGGGGCAUUUUAUGACACAUGUUUAUAGAAAAAAGUUUUAUUUUCACUCCAACAAUACGCUCUUAAAAUAUUGGCACCGAACCGGAAAAACCCUGCAUAUAUAUUUAUUUUUUUAAACUUAGCGCUGCUUCGCACAACUAGUUCGACAUAUUUUCUGCAAUAUAAAAUUAUUUUGUAGAAUACUAGUAAUUUUUUAAAAAGACGAAAAAAUUAUUGUCCUAAAAUAAUUAGUUAUUAAGUAUAAAAAUUAUUACCUGAAGUAAGAACCAAAUUUUUUUCUGUUCGAUUGUUUUCCUUGUGAUUUUUCUCUAGCGAGACACUUUCUGAAAACCGUUCGUUAUUGGUUCUUCAAUUAAUUAAACAUUUUAAAUAUCGUAUUGAAUUUUGUGGACAUAUUUUAAUAACUUUAAUAAGUAACACUAUUUUCAACAACUUUAGCACGUCUGCUUUCAAAGAACACUAAAUAAACAACGGAAAAUUUGAGGUUAUAUACGACAAUAUGCACAUUGUCACUCGCGUCGACAAUAUACGGCUAGUAUAAUUUUGACAUGCCAGAAGGCUGGAUAUUUUGGAUGCAAGUUUCACUUGACGAUAAAUGUUGAUACGUCUAAAAAUAGCUUACAGCGAUUCUAUCACCAAUCUAUUUAAUACGACCUUUUGGCAUGACAGAUAUUAAGGUAUUAAUUUUAGCUUAUAAACCGAAAAUCGCAAUUUUAUAUUUUUUGACGUAUUCAUAGCAUUCUAUUUCAAAAUAGAAAAGAAACUAUAUUUGUCUUUUAACUAAUGUCAAAAAGUGACCAUUUAGUUCUCUAAAUAUAAUUUUCUGUGGAAAUGUUUAAGUUGACAUUAGGUAUAAUAUUUAUUGCCCUAUUUAUAACUAAAAAAAUAAGACAAUUUCUUGUUAAUCCGGAAGGCAUAAGGAACCAUUGAAUACAUCAAAGAAUGCACAUUUAUGUAACAUACCGUCAUAGGAAAUUUCACUUAUUUCGCUUAAAAAGGAAAAAAGUUAUAAUGUUGUUUUUAUCGUGGACCACCCGAUAUACUCAAUGUCCACUACUCUUUGAAACAACAACUUUUUUCUCUUGGGUGACAUUAAAAUGACUACAAAUCCCCUGCAAAAUGUGUAGAAUAUCAAAUUAUAAACAAUACCAUAGACUACCUAAAAAGAAAUCGUUUUUAAUUUUCUUAACGCUUCACUCCUAUUAGUAAGCCUGGUUGUAUAGUGAGUGUGCGCGCGCUUAUUUAAACGAAAAAAUGCCAACAAAAUCUAUUUAAUAACUCAUUUGUUCACAUUUAUACUCUUUAAUAAUCCUAGAACAUUUACUCAGAAUAAUCACAUUUGCACACUGAUUAACAUAUUACCAUGUAUUAAAUUCUUGCAAAAAAAUGGUAAAUUGAAUGCGGCUUUUGUUUAGAAAUCGUGAAUGUUGAAUUUUAAUGUUAAUAAUGUUCAAAGUUACGGUUUAUGUUCCUCGUAGGGCCCUUCUAUUUACUUUUUUUUUUAAAUUAAUUGUAUUUAGUCCAACUUGUGUAUAGGGGAAUUUAAAUGUUUUAAUCUGGGUUUAAAGUGAAAUUUGGGUCAUUUCCUGCACCAGUAGUCAGAGUUGGUCUACAUACAAUAAUGCGCGUGUCUGCUGUGUCAAAGUUGGAAAAGUUGAGUUUUGUCAAUUGCGAAUAAUUAUUUUGAAUAACGGUUAGAACUUUAACCUAAAAUUGAAGUUCAUCCUAGAGGAGUUAAAAUUUGCUUUUUUUUUAUAAAUUAUUUGAAAUAGUUCUGAAGCAACUAAAUGGCUUUUAGAUUACUAAGUAUCAAAUUACACCCUCUGCUUGUAAUAAAUCCACUUGAAAUCCUGAUAAUAUUAUGGUGUCGAAACCCUGGCCCCAAAUAUUCUACGUUAUUAACAUACAGUCCAAUAGAAACUAUUUAGUUUUUAAAAGAUUUCAAUUAUUUUAAGAGCAAUUCAAGUAAAGCAUCCAGUCUUUACUAGUACUACUACUAGUAUGGGCUGGGACUCUAAAAUCACGGCUCGAUCUCGAUACGAUCACGACUCAGUCGUGACGAGAAGGGUGAUUUUAAAUUUCAAUCGUCGGUUAAACUCGUUUUAUUCGAUUUGAUUUAGGUUUCUUGCUAUAUAGUUGUUAUUUUCCCUAAUACAGUGAACUCCGGUUAUAACGUACCCUCUAGGGUGAAUAAAAUUAGUACUUUAUAACCGGAGGUACGCUAUAAAAGAAGGCCAUAAAAAUAAAUAUGUAAAGAUUUAUUUGUUUUAAUUAAAGGACUAAAUUAACAAAAAAUACAUUCUAAGUAUUAAAACGAAAAAAGAUGUAAUAUUAAUAUGUAACAUAUAACAUUGAAAUAGGAUACAUAUACCUAUGUAAUCAAAAUAAAUCUGUACUAUUUAUUAGUUACGAUUUUUCAAAAAAAUAACGUGUUAUUUUUGUUUGCUGAUUUUUUUUACACAAUUUGAAAUUCUCGAUGUGCUUCUCAACUUUUAACGAGUCUUGUAAAAUUGUAUCAUCAGAUCCGUAAUCAGUAUAUUGUAAGAAAUUCGUAACAGUUUUAAUUGCACAAAGUGCUUCACAAUAAUUAUCGUCGUUGGUCGUAAAAUUAUCUAGUUCAGGAAGAUAUUUUUCUACAGUAGUUACGUCUUGGCAGUGAUUUUGCAACCAAUAACUUAGCGGAAUAUCCCAGUCAUCAUCUGAAUCAAACUCCUUGAUCGAUUUCACUAGACCAGCAUGUCGAAAGCAGUUUUGAAUCCUUUUUUGUGAAACCUCAUUCCAAGAUUUCACAAUUAUUUUUAUCGAGUCUAUAAUUGUUAGAUUGAACGUUUCCUCACUAUCCAAUGUUUGAAUUAGGCGAUACAUAAAAUAUCUACGGCAAUAGGUUUUCAGGCAUUUUAUUAUGCCUUGAUCCAUUGGUUGUAUGACAGAAGCGCAAUUGGGAGGCAAAAAUUCUAAUCUGAUAUUUGUCAGAUCUACAUUCUUUGGAUAAGCUGCACAAUUGUCCACUAGAAGCAAUGUUUUUAUUUUUUGGCGUCUUAGUUUUUUAUCCCACUCUCAAAUAAACCACAGUCCGGUCUCAUCCCCAUUAAAAAUAUCUUCCCAGUUGUAAUUUUAUGCAAUACCUGGCCAUUUCUCGGUUAACCAGUUCACCACAGCUUCCCUGCUAACAUCUCCUGCUUCACCGGACACUUUGCCGAAAUUGAUGUUGUGACGAACUUUAAAACGCUCGAGCCAACCCGUAGAGCACUUAAAAUCUCCACCGUGUAAUCCUUUAGAUAAAUCUUCCGCUUUUGCUUUUAAAAGUGGUCCACUUAUAGGAAUAUUUUCUGUUUUUCUCACCUCAAACCAUCGAAUAAGAGCGUGAUCCACAUCUGGGCGUACGGGAUUCCUAAUUUUUUGCGAUUUAUUUUCACUUGCUCGCUUGAUUUUUUCACGAUUGUUCCAAAUUGUAAAAACUGUUGUUUUUGCCAUAUUUUUCCUUCUCGCAAUUUCCGAUUUGUUAAUGCCACUUUCAAUACUUUUAAUGAUGUUUAUUUUUUCUUUCAAAUUUAUAGCUCUGCUCCUCAUUUUACCAAAAAAACUACUAAAACUCGCACAAUAACACGCAAUGUCCAAUCUAAAACUACCGGUCAUCUCAUUUUGCAUGUUCUAUAAAAAUUCUCAGAGUCGAGAACUGGAAAUCCCCGGCGGCCUCGGCGCCAACGCGCGACGACAGAGAAACUUCUCAGUAUCGAUUAAUGGAAAUCCCCGACAGAGGUGGAAAAUUACUCUGCUUAUAACGUACCUUUGUACGUUACAACCGGAAAAUUACUGUCAAUCGGGGAAAAAUAUUGAACGUUAUAGCCGGAGUUAAAAUUUUAGUUAGUACGUUAUAUCCAGUAAAAUGACAAGACAAUUUUGGGCGGGUUCCGAAUUAUAAGUACGUAGUAACCGGAAGUACGUUACAUCCCAUGUACGUUAUAGACAUAGACACUGUAUUUGACAGAUGGAAACGUCAAUUGUCUUUUCUAUUGGUAAACACUAAGAAUUUAUAUAUUUGAAAAAUUAAUGAAUCGGUCAGCAAGGUGAUUGUCGAUAAUUUCAGUAAUUUUAUAGAUCCAAUGACUUGUAGUAGUUUCGCUAAUUUAAAAUCUUGUCCAAUGCUUCUUUGGUAACAAUAUGUGGCAUGAAAUCUUGAUAUAUGUACUAAAACGGCCCAUUCAAUGGUAACUCUAUUUCCUCUGCCUCUAUUAUUAACAGAAGGUUGUGGAAAAUAGGGUCGAAUUAAAUCUAUUAGUUGUUGUGUUUAAGAAACCUUUUUGAUAUACGACUUGAAAACCUGGUACCAUAGAUAAUAUAUAAUAACUAAAAAUGCCUGGUAUGACUAUUGGUAAGCAAUAAAUAAAACAAAUUCGUUUAAAAAAGGAUGCUGUUACAUUAUGUACGUAUUAAAAAAGGAAGAACCUAUAUCGUCUGGUGUAUACGAUAUACCCAAGCGUGUAGUCGACAAAUCGUUAAAAAAUAGGCAAUCCGCAAGACACCCACGACUGAAAAUUUUAUUUAGAAUCAGUCAUAUCGAGUAAUCGUGUCGAAUCGUGAUUUUAGAAUCCCAGCCCUGGUCCUAAAUUAAUACUGCUAACGUACAGUCUGAAAAAAGCAGUUUUAUGGCUUUUUUAUAUUCUCUAAGCGCAUUUGAAAUGGCAUAAUAUUUCAAGUAGUGAUACUUGUUGACAUUUUUGUUUUCACUCCUGAAGAUGAUUUUUUGCUAGCGAAUUCCUGGCCCUAAAAUAAAUGUUGUAACAUUCCGUUUAAUUACAUUGUUAAGUAUUUUAAAAACUUCAGUAGGAUUUCAAGUAUUGGUUCUGGCAGAUAAAAGUAGUAACAGCUUCCUUAAUAACAAAUCUAAGUUGUUAUUUUCCCCCCUGAUGAUGACUUUAUGUUCCAAACCCUAAAUUAAAUUAGCAGUCCAGAAAGAAAGCUAUUGCAUAAGCGCUUCAAUCAAAAUUUAAGUUUUCCAACAUUUCUCAUGCUUCCUAAUGACAAACUAUUGAUGUGUAAAAUAUAUCUUGUUUAAUUAUUUAAUUACUCAUUACAGUGGCGGUACGUGCGGGUAGAGUUUAAGCGUUUACGUUUGAUUUUUCCAGUUGAUCGGUUGUGAUUUUGUUGAUUUGUUGAUUUUUUUCGUGUCGUUACGUUUACCUAUUUGAGUAGCAUAGGUAUUUUUGCGGUUAUAAUUUAUAAAAAAAGUGUAUAAAAAGGGGAUUUGCUAAUAGUGUUGUAUAUUGUACGGCUUAUUUUUAAAGCUUUUUAAUGGUGAAUAAUACUAGUGCACGGUGCUUUUUAUAAUAAAAAGUAAAUUGUGGGAUCGUUGUUAGUAAAAGAAUUAUUUGUGCAAUGUUGGAAAACGUGAUACGUACCGCCGCGGCCGCCAUUUACCAUGAAUUUUUCGGAAAGGGGUAUCACACCUCGUGUGACACUGUCUAGGGUUAUUUCUUUACUUCCCAACUCUGUGUAAAGAAUAAAUGGCGAAUAGAAAAGUUGUGGGCUUUACAAGUUCCAAAUUUCUUUCUCUAGAAUCUAAACAAUAAUUCCUACAAAUGUAAUUUACCAAAACGUCUUCUAAAUCCCACUUUUACCAUUUUUUUUUGUACACAGUGGUCCAAAAACAAUGAAUAAAGAAACCUACCCUGUACUAUAUUCUAUUAGCUCUAUAUAAGUGAUAACUCAACGAUUUUACUAAGGAUAAAUUAAUCGGCGAACAAAAUGAAAUAAUGGCGUAGCGUGGGGUCAAUGUUUAGCAGUUGUCUUAUUGUAUAAAUAAAGGGGGUUCGCACAAAGUAUAUAUAAUUCAUACACGUUUAUGGUUGGCGAAAUUAAUUUGUUUCUGGCCCUAUGGAGGAUGGAUGUAUUUAUUUUUGAGUCAAUCAUAAUGUAAUAAUUCGAGUUUAUUUCUGGUCAUGCAGGAUGGCAACCGUUGAAAAAUUAAUAGUUUUAGUUCAAACACAAAUAUUAUAUUGUGAUACUUAUGCUUUGUGAGAAACCCUGUCCUAAAUAAUAAUAAUAAUGAUAGUAACAAAUAAAAAGGUGUGAUAAGAAAGAAAAAUAAUUUAAAUUGUACAAGGUCGCGAUCGACCAGUUUAUGACUUUUUCCCACACCUUUUUCCAUAAAUUUUAUAGGUAAGGCCAAGACUAUUUUAUAAUCAGUGGAAAAACAUGUACAUAUCUAGACUGAUUUUUGUGUAUUUUGUGUAUAGAAUCCUAAUAUUUAGUUUUGUGAAGAAAUUUUUAUAAAAACAUAACGAUAAGGAUAAACUUCGACGUAAAUUAAGAUAAGUAGUUCAACGUGUACCAUUUUUUUUUCUCGUAAUUAUUUUGGAUCGGUCAGAGUGUUGUAUGGUCAUUACGGCCGGUCGGAUUUGAUUUUUAAACAGGUUACAGAGUGUUACAAGUUUACCAUAAAUUUAGUAAACAUUUGUAAAGAACCCUAUAGCCUAUAAACAGUUUCUUUUGCUAAGAUUUUUCUCGUGAUACGCAUAGAAUGCCCAUGUUCCUAACUUGUUCUAUAAACCUCACUCGCAUUCUUUAGUUUUCAAUAAGUUUUGGCUUGAGCACUCUGAUCGUUUCGAAUCUGACUUAACUCUAAGUAUGUAAAAUUUAAUAUUAACUCUUAUUCGAUAAAUUAUAUUUUUUCCGUUUUUGUAGCAGACAAAAAACUUAUAAAGGGGACAAGAUUAAUAAAAAAUGUGUUCGACUGAACUUAAA